UAUUUCUUUUCUCUGUCAAAUUAUUACAGAACCAACGAACCUCUCGCUCUUUUUUAUUUAUUUUCACAUUUUUUUCAUAAUCAUAAAAUCAAAUCAAUUUUUGUUUCGCUUCUCACACUUCCCGGAACCUUCUCUUCACUCCUUUCACCAAUUUUCCGUUGCCAUGCGAGAAAGAAAUGAGAUGAAGCCGAUUCAACUUCCACCUCCAACCGCCACCGGCUCAGCUGCAAGUUCUCCUAACCGUCCCCAGCGCCGCCGCAGAGACCUUACGCUUCCGCUUCCACAGCGUGACACAAACUUAGCGGUUCCGCUUCCGCUUCCUCCGUCUGGUGGCGGAAGCGGCGGGAGUGGAAAUGGAGGAAGCGGUGGGAACGGAAGUGCGGGAGGAACGAAUCAGCAACUGGUGAUUCCUUUCUCGGAGCUGGAGAGGCUGAACCGGAUCGGAAGCGGUAGCGGAGGAACGGUUUAUAAAGUAGUUCACAGAAUCAACAGCCGUGCUUACGCUUUGAAGGUGAUUUACGGUCAUCACGAGGAAUCUGUUCGUCGUCAGAUCCAUAGAGAAAUCCAGAUCUUGAGAGAUGUUGAUGAUCCAAACGUGGUCAAGUGUCACGAGAUGUACGAUCACAACGCUGAAAUUCAGGUUCUGUUGGAAUACAUGGACGGUGGUUCUCUCGAAGGGAAACACAUCCCUCAGGAGAAUCAGCUUGCUGACGUGGCACGUCAGAUCCUCCGUGGACUUGCUUAUCUCCACCGUCGUCACAUCGUUCAUAGAGACAUCAAACCGUCAAAUCUGUUGAUCAAUUCGCGGAAACAGGUUAAGAUCGCUGACUUCGGUGUUGGUAGAAUUCUGAAUCAAACGAUGGAUCCGUGUAAUUCAUCGGUAGGAACGAUUGCUUACAUGUCACCGGAGAGGAUAAACACCGAUAUCAACGACGGACAAUACGAUGCCUACGCCGGUGACAUAUGGAGUUUAGGUGUGAGUAUAUUGGAGUUUUACAUGGGAAGAUUUCCGUUUGCGGUUGGUAGACAAGGUGAUUGGGCAAGUUUGAUGUGUGCUAUUUGUAUGUCGCAACCACCGGAAGCUCCGACAAGUGCUUCGCCGGAGUUUAGAGAUUUCGUUUCGCGGUGUUUGCAGAGAGAUCCGUCGAGGAGAUGGACUGCUUCGAGGUUGCUUUCGCAUCCUUUUCUUACUCGAACGGUUUCUCAUCAAAAUCAGAGUCCUCCAAAUCUCCAUCAACUACUUCCUCCUCCACCAAGGCCACUUUCUUCUUAGUUCAUGUUUUUUUUUUAAUUAUUAUUAUUAUUAUUAUUACUAGUACUAUUUUCAAAAAAAGAAGAACUAAAUUGGUUGAAUCAGAUGCUGAGAUUGUUACCAUAACAUGAAUGAUGAAUCUAGCACUGGUGACCUGUUUUUAAUUUUAUUUUUAUCUUUAUAAAUGUUAUAUUAUGUACCAAAAUGUAAUCCAAAUCCAACGCUUCCUUUAUUUGCUUAAAAUUAUGUAACUGCUUUUCACUUC